CAUGCAGGUAGCCACUAAUGAUAUGGUUUACAGUAAACAAAACCAUAAACUGAGGAACAAGAAAUAGGAAAACUAAACAGAACUAGAUGUGAAUCAGGGAUGGAAACAGAGAAUCGCUUUUCUCACCUGGAGGAAGAACCUAAACAUUUCUGACACUAAAUUUUCACUUAUUUUUUCUGUGUUGCAGAUCAACUUCAAACUGAAGAUUGAUGUGGCUCUGAACUCGCCAUCAUGGAUCAGAGUGAGGAGCUGAAAGAAGGAGAAACUUUGCCUCAAACUGAGAACCAGAGCAAAGCCAAGAGAAAACAAUCUGAAGAUGAACUGGAACCAGAAUCCUGGGAAAAUAGGUCCAAAGGGGAUUUUAUUGAUUUUAAAUCAAACCAGCCUUCAUCUAGAAAGAGAGUUCAGGACUCCCAUCCCAGCUGUUCAUCUGGACAACUGUCAGAAAUAAACCAACCUCCAUCUCCAAAGAGAGUGAAGCAGAUCUCAGAGGUUCCUAGUGGUCAGUCUGCCCAACAGCAUCAAAAAGAGCUGGACUCCAUAUUUAUGGAGCUGAAAAAGAAGAUUUUCACCUUUGAGGAAAGUGAGCUGAAAAAGAUCCAAAUGGCUCUGGGUUCAGAUGAGCCAGAAGGUUCAGAUGAGAAUGAGGAGGAUGAAGAAAAGAAACAUCAGAUGAUCAGCAGCAGAGAAGCAUUUGAGAAGAUCACACAGCACUUCCUGAGGAUGAUGAACCAGGAGGAGCUGGCUGACCGUCUUCAGAGCAAAUCAUUCAUCACCUGUCAACAAACACUAAAGUCUAACCUGAAGAAGAAGUUCCAGUUUGUGUUCGAAGGAAUUGCUAAAUCAGGAAAUCAAACGUUUCUGAAUCAGAUCUACACAGAGCUCUACAUCACAGAGGGAAGAUCUGGAGAGGUCAAUGAUGAACAUGAGGUCAGACAGAUUGAAAAAAAGUCCUGGAAACCAGACAGACCAGAAGCAGCAAUUAGACAUGAAGACAUAUUUAAACCCUCACCUGAAAGAGAUGAACCAAUCAGAGCAGUGAUGACAAAGGGAGUGGCUGGCAUUGGAAAAACAGUCCUGACACAGAAGUUCACUCUGGACUGGGCAGAAGACAAAGCCAACCAGGACAUCCAGUUCAUGUUUCCCUUCACAUUCAGAGAACUGAAUCUGUUAAAAGAUGAACAGUUCAGCUUGGUGGAGCUUGUUCACCAUUUCUUUAGUGAAACCAAAGGAAUCUCCAGGUUUCAAGAGUCAAAGGUUGUGUUCAUCUUUGAUGGCUUGGAUGAGAGUCGACUUCCACUGGACUUCCACAACAAUGAGAUCCUGACAGAUGUAACAAAGACCACCUCAGUGGAUGUUCUUGUGACAAACCUCAUCAGAGGGAAACUGCUUCCCAAAGCUCACCUCUGGAUAACCACAAGACCUGCAGCAGCCAAUCGGAUCCCCACUGAGUUUGUUGGCAUGAUGACAGAGAUCAGAGGAUUCACUGACCCACAAAAAGACGAGUACUUCACUAAAAGAUUUAAAUAUAAGAAGCAGGCAAGCUUGGUAAUCUCUCACAUAAAGAAAUCCAGAAGCCUCCACAUCAUGUGCCACAUCCCAAUCUUCUGCUGGAUCACUGCUACAGUUGUGGAAGACAUGUUGAACAGGAAAGAUGGAGAAGAUCUGCCAACGAGCCUGACUGAGAUGUUCAUCCACUUCCUGGUGGUACAAACCAAACUGAAGAUCAUCAAGUACGAUGGAGGAGCUGAGACAGAUUCAAUCUGGAGUCCAGAGAGCAGGAAGAUGAUUGAGUCUCUGGGAAAACUGGCUUUUGAUCAGCUGAUGAAAAGAAACCUGAUCUUCUAUGAAACAGACCUGGCAGAGUGUGGCAUUGAUAUCAGAGCAGCUUCUACGUACUCAGGAGUUUUCACACAGAUCUUCAGAGAAGAGAGAGGGCUGUACCAGAACAAGGUGUUCUGCUUCGUCCACCUGAGUGUUCAGGAGUUUCUGGCUGCUCUUUAUGUUCAUCUGACCUUCACUGGAUCUGGAGUCAAUUUGCUGGAAAAAUACGAAACAAAAUCCAAGGAAUUGGAAAAAAGAAACCAUGAAUCUCCAGAGACAGACAUUUACCAGAGAGCUGUGGACAUGGCCCUAGAGAGUCCAGAUGGACACCUGGACUUGUUCCUCCGCUUCCUACUUGGUCUUUCACUGGAGACCAAUAAGCAUCACUUAGGAGGCCUUGUGAGACAGACAGAAGAAAGUUCAGCAACUAAUAAAGACACCGCCCAGUACAUCAAGGAGAAGAUGAAUAAUCAUCUGUGUGUUGAGAAAAGCAUCAAUCUGUUCCACUGUCUAAGUGAACUAAAUGAUCAGUCUCUGGUGGAGGAAAUCCAACAAUCUCUACAAACAGGAAGUCUUUCAGCACAUCAACUGUCUCCUGCUCAGUGGUCAGCUCUGCACUUCAUCCUACUUUCAUCAGAGAAAGACCUGGAAAUAUUUGACCUGAAGGAAUACUCUGCUACAGAAGAAGCUCUACUGAACCUGCUGCCCAUAACCAAAGCCUCCUGCAAAGCUGUACUGAGUGGGUGUAACCUCUCAGAGAGAAGCUGUGAAGCUCUGUCCUCAUUGCUCAGCUCAACACCCUCUAGUCUCAGAGAUCUGGACCUGAGUAACAACAACCUCAGAGAUUUAGGAGUGACGCUGCUGUGCAAUGGACUGAUGAGUCCUAACUGUGAACUGGAGAUUCUCAGGCUUUCAGGCUGCAUGAUCACAGAGGAAGGCUGUGCUGCUCUGGCUUCAGCUCUGACUGUGAACCCAUCUCACCUGAAGAAGCUGGACCUCAGCUACAAUAAUCCAGGAGAGGCAGGAAAGGAGAGUCUAGCAGCUAUACUGAAGAAUCCAAGCUUCAAACUGGAGUCUUUAAGUAUGGAGCCUGCAGGAGAGAAAUGGAUGACACCAGGUCUGAAGAAGUAUUCCCGUCCACUAACAGUCGACCUAAACACUGUAAACAGAUUCCUCAAACUUUCUGAAGAAAACGGGAAGGUGACGCGUGUGGCAGAGGAGCAGCCAUAUCCUGAUCAUCCAGACAGAUUUGAUCUCUAUCAGCUGCUGUGUACUGAUGGUCUGACUGGUCGCUGUUACUGGGAGGUUGAGUGGGUUGGGAAAGUCUAUGUAUCACUGAAUUACAGGAGAAUCAACAGAAAAGGAGACAAUGAUGACUCCUGGUUUGGAUUUAAUAAUAACUCCUGGUGUCUAAUCUGCUCAAAUGAUGGUUACAUUGUUUGGCACAAUAGUGAAAAAAAAGCCUUAAUCUCCGUCUCAUCCUCCUCAUUUGUCUCUGGCAGAGUGGCCGUGUAUGUGGACUGUCCUGCUGGGACUCUGUCCUUCUACAGAGUCUCCUCAGAGACACUGAUCCACCUCUACACCUUCAACACCAAAUUCACUGAAACUCUUUAUCCUGGAGUUGGGUUCAGGAGUCGGACUACUGAGUCCUGGUGCACAUUUUAGAGAGU